GUUUAAAGAAACAAAAUGAACAUUAAAUUCUUGCAACUACUUCUCUGCACUUUGUGGAUUUUGGAAAAAUGUGAGGCGGAAUUGGAAAUUGUGAGCCAGUGGAACUUGUUGCAGUUCGAUCCACCUUAUGGGUACAGUGCGGUUGAUUUCAGACCAGAAAACACUGUAUUCACCGGUUUGGAAGUAACAGCGGACCGAAUAUUCCUUGGAGCGCCCCGCCUAAGAGCGGGUAUUCCUGCAACAUUAUUUACCAUUCCCCGAAACAUUCCCUUAGGGUCCAGCCCUAAACCCCAACCAUAUCCCGACUGGUCGUAUCAUGGUGCCGGCUUGGGAUUGGACAACGAAACCACCUGCGCGGGUUUGGUCUCUGUUUACAGAAUGAGGCUGGACUCUUGUGGAAGAUUAUGGGCUCUAGAUUCGGGAAUAAUGACAUCGGUUGACGACUUUCAAAGAAUAUGCAACCCCAAAUUGGUGGUUUUCGACUUGAAAACGAACCAGCCAGUUAGAACCGUGAUCUUUCCUAGACAAGUACUGAGACCUGCGUCCUUACUGGCCAACCUGAUCAUCGAUGAAACCAUUCAGGGAACUUGCGAUUCAGCCUUUGUUUAUCUGGCAGAUACCGCUGCUCCAGGAAUUGUUGUGUAUGAUGCACUUCGGGACCGAACUUGGAGAGUCACUCAUCCGAGCAUGUUCCCUGACCCCAACUUUGCUACUUAUACCAUUACAGGCGAAAGUUUCACUUUGCCUGAUGGCGUAGUGGGAUUGGCCCAUUCGCCUAAGUUAGCCACCGUUUUUUACCAACCUUUGGCUACUGAUAGAAUUUUCAGUAUCCCAACUGCCACUCUAACCAAGGGCCCACCAGCUGAAUUCGAAGACAUUCCCGUGACUCUGGCAGGGAGAAAAUCCUCUCAAGGGUUGGGUUUGGCUCUGAAUCCAGCUGAUGAUACUCUAUACUUUAGUCCUUUGACCGAAACCUCAAUAGCAUCAUGGAAUCCGUUGACUAACAAGCAAAG